GCCCAUGCUAUACCGAACUGGGACCUGGAGCACUAUUUACCUAAUUGCUGGACACAAUUAACAUCGUGGAAUCAACAGUAUAAUUUAAUCCUAUUGCCUAUUGCCCUCCUAGUGUUGGUGCCAAUUGUUUUGGCAUUACCUUACCAGGAAACCAAUGGCCAAGGUCAGUUUGCCAAACGUGAACUAGAUAACCCCGAACUCCCUAUGUUUGGUGUCGAUAAAGAAACCAAUGGCCAAGAGUAUACCUGUAUACCAGACUUAACUAAGGAGUCAAAUUGGGAGUCAAACUCUCACACAUGCAGUAUCAAUGUAACCAAGAUACUAAUUCUACAACAUGGUAUGCAGGCGAGUGUUUAUCGGGCGUAUCACGUGAUCCGUGCCCGGGGUAUACCGUCUGACCACAUAAUAGUCAUGCAUUACGACAACAUGGCGUACAAUCCUAAGAACCCUAAACCCGGUGCUGUUAUCAAUGACGUGAACGGUACAGAUGUUUACCACAACGUCCCUAAAGAUUAUACCGGCGAUGAUGUCGACCCACAGAUAUUAAUAUCGAUGUUGAAAGGUGAUUCAAAAUUAGAAAAACGUGGC